AUGUCAAACACAUUAUCACCGGUAACAGACAUUCCAACUUCAAAUAAUACAUUGUUUCAAUCAAAUGAUCACUUUUCAAUACCAAAGAGUAAUAAUAAGCUUGAAGAUCAAAAUAAUAAGCUCCCAUUUACCACGACGAUUAUUUUAGUUGCGGCAGUUUUGAUAGUUUUAUUCUUCAUUCUCAUAGUCGGAUACCUGUGUUACAGAGUUAAACAUAAAAAGAAAAAUGAACGCAUGAUGUUAAUUUUUAAUGUUGCGAAAAAUGAUGGUCCUGUAGUGUCGAAUGAUUCUGCAAGAGAUGCCGGUAAAAAGGAGGAAAUAACAGGCUCUCAUGAUAGAGAGCAUAACUCUAGAAGCCGGAUAGUUGAUCGAUAUUCUAAUUUGGAGGGAAAUGUUGAUGGGAGACAUCACUUUUAA